AUGGGAUUGUUUAUACCACCAAACAGUGACAAGAAUAAAGACACACAGGGCUCUCAGAAUCCCAGUUCAGAUUCAAAUAAAACCAUAUUCUAUACAAGACCUAGUGUUGGUUUAAAACUAUGGGGUCCUUUAGUACCAGCUUCAGAUUAUUUACCAGGUAUUUAUGGAUUAACUGCAUUACAAACUUUGUUGGGACUUACAAUGUUUAGACAUACAAGAAUAAUAUGGAGACAAACUUCAUUAAUAUCAAGAAUUUCAAAGAUUUUCUCUACGGUGACUGGAAGUUACUUAAUUUUUAAUUCUGGUUUAGAAAUUUCAAGAUUAAUCAUACCUUAUGAUCCAUGGUACGAGGAAGCUAAAUCAAUAAGAAAUCAGGCUAUUGCCAGAGGUGAGAAACCAAAUUUUUGGUUUGGUCCAUUAGAUUAUAAACCAAUGAGUUUUAAAGAAUGGAGUGAAAAAGUUGAUGAUUGGGUUGAAGAAACUGAAUCUCAAUUAAAUCAAGAAGAAUCUUCAAGUUUUAUAACACAAAAUCCUCAAUUUCAUCAAGUUUAUAAACAAAUUAGACAAUUAAAUAAGGAACGUAACCUGGAAGUUUUGAAAAAUUUGAAAACUCCUGGUAUGAAUGAAUUCUUGGGUUUAAAUAAUUCUCAAUUUAUAAAUCCUGAAUUUGAUAGACCAAAUUUAACAUUACCUGAUGAUAAUAACCUAGAGACAAACUUGGAUUUUUUGGAAGUUUGGGAAUUGAAUGAUCCUUGGGAAUCUUUGGGAAGAGAUACUGAUUAUGUUGUAAGGUUUAUUCCUAAAUAUAGAUGGUUUGAAAAAUUAGAAGAAUUACAAAAAAGACAGAUUGAAGAUAAUCAAGAGAUAUUGAAGAAACAAAUUGAAGAGACUUUAGAUGAAAGAGAAGAUCAUAAAGAGAGUAUUUAA